AUGUCUUCCCUCCCUUUUUCUACUCGCGAAUUGUAUUAUGACGGCAAGACCCAGCCUGCCUCUUCAGGCAAAACCUUCCAAUCUAUCAACCCCUCAAACGCCAGUCCUUUGGCUGAGAUCCAGGUUGCUUCACAUUCCGAUGUAGAUGCAGCCAUCGCUGCCGCCGACCGGGCCUUCCCCUCAUGGUCUCAAACACCACCCGUUGCACGUGCCCGCAUUCUCCAGAAAGCCGCCGCCCUGCUCCGCGAGCGCAACGACGAUAUCGCUCGUGUUGAAACUCUUGACUCAGGCAAGGCAUAUACCGAGACAAGCACUGUCGACGUCGUCACCGGAGCCGACGUACUCGAGUACUAUGCAAAUCUGGUUGGAGGUGGCGGGCUGAAUGGAGAGACCACACAGUUGAGAGAAGAUGCUUGGGUGUACACCAAAAAGUCUCCGUUGGGUGUUUGCGUGGGCAUCGGAGCUUGGAACUACCCUAUUCAAAUG